AUGACGUCAAGUGCCGAUGUUGUUUAUUGGUAUUUUAAAUCAGAUGUUGACCCUUGGUCGACUACAGCGAAUGAAUGGACAACAUACUCUGAUGUUGAAAUGACUAUUAUUGAAGAAGCUUAUCAAGAAGAUAAAAAUGAAAUUUUACUUGAUCAAUAUAAAAUUGAUUUGAAAAAUUUAAUACAAACAAAGCUUAGCGAUAAAACAAAACAACGACCUAUUCGACGUGAAGUUAAUGGUUGUAAGCGUCAAGAAUGGAACUGUUCACAUUAA